GGGGAUUUGAGGAGGCUUAGAUGGGUGUCACAAGGACUCUCAGAAUGGGGGAUCGGAAAGGACUGAGGUCGAAGGAGCGUCCGCCGGCUCAGAGAGGCGCCACUCAUCGUAGCAGGUCUGAAGUGGGGUCUCAAGGACUGGGUGCCAGGAGUUGGAGUUGAUGGAGGAGCAGGACGCCAGGGUUCCAGCCCUGGAAUCAUUCAGGGUGGAGCAGGCACCACCUGUAAUCUACUAUGUACCUGACUUCAUCUCCAAGGAAGAGGAGGAGUAUUUACUUCGACAGGUUUUCAAUGCCCCAAAGCCAAAGUGGACCCAGCUAUCUGGGAGGAAGUUACAGAACUGGGGUGGGCUCCCCCAUCCCAGGGGGAUGGUCCCUGAGCGACUGCCUCCGUGGCUCCAGCGCUAUGUGGACAAAGUGUCUGAUCUCAGCCUUUUUGGGGGUCUUGCUGCUAACCAUGUCCUCGUGAACCAGUAUCUGCCUGGGGAGGGCAUCAUGGUGUCUGUCCCAGCUUGGGAGUGCCCCUUUGGCCCAGAGGGCGGGAGGGGUAGACUCCUGCCCUGCCCAGCCCUGGUGCCCGCUCCCCAGCCCCACGAGGACGGACCAUUGUACUACCCGACCGUCAGCACCAUCAGCCUGGGCUCCCAUACCGUGCUGGAUUUCUACGAGCCUCGGCAGCCAGAGGAUGAUGACCCUGUGGAACAGCCUCGGCCGCCACCCCAGCCUACUACCUCGCUGCUGCUAGAACCGCGCAGCCUGCUGGUGCUCCGGGGUGCCGCAUACACACGCCUCCUCCACGGCAUCGCAGCCACCCGGGUGGACGUGCUGGACGCUGCCUCACUGCCACCCAAUGCGACUGCCUGCAGAUCUGCACUGCCCGGAGCCCACCUGGUGCGCGGCACCCGAGUCUCACUGACCAUCCGCCGUGUGCCCCGUGUACUGCGCGCUGGUCUCCUGCUCAGCAAGUGACUGCGGGGCUCCAGGUCCUGCCCAGAUUGCAGGGCUUCUGCCCACUUGGGGUUGUUGGGUCUCUGUGACCUUGAAAUCCUGGGGCAGAGGUGGCUCUCCUGAGUUAUUUAUUUUCCCAGUAACUGUGGGAACCAUGGGAGAAGAUCCUAUUCCAAAUAAACCAAAAAUAUCUUUUCUUGG